AAAAUAAUGUGGAUUUCAUGUUUAAUUUGAAAAGGACUUUUAUUAUACAGCUUUUUAUGUGUGUCCUCUGUAACCCAGUAAUCAUCUUCUACUGCCUCAACACUCAUAACAUGUAACUGUCCUCAAAUGAACCCCUCUUUCACCCACGCUGCUCUAGCAAUGAUGUUACACUGCCCCAACACCCAAUUACAGUACAUCUUCCCCAGCUUUGAAUUAAAGGAGAAGGAACGUUGUUUAGCACUUGGGGGUGCCAAAUGCUUUUUCUUUCUUUUCGUGGCUGAGCAUUAGAGUAAAAAGCCAAAGACAGGAGAAGACGGAAGAGGAUUGGUGGUGCUCACUGGAAUAAGGUAAAUAAAUAGCACUUGGGGUGCCUAACAUUUGACUUUCCUUCUCCUUUAAUUCCCCCCUCUGCUCCAGCAAUGAUCUUUUAUUCCCUCAACCCCCAUAACACCUUUACUGGCCUCCAAUGAAUCCUCAACUCAACCCUCCAGUAAUAUUCUUCUAUUGUCCCAAACUGCCAUAACUUAUUCACCAACCUUAGGUUGACCCUUAAAUUUUACUCUCUGCUCCAGCAAUAAUCUUCUACUACCACAACCUCCAUAUCAUAUUCAUUGGCCUCAUUUUACUUCCUUUCAUUCUGUCCUUUUGCGUGGCAGUCAGUCUUUCCCACUCUAUUUCUCUACUGUUCUGAGCAGUUCUGCAUUUUUGGAGGAAGUUGUUAGUGUUAAGUAACUUUGCGUUAUUUUGGUAUGUCACUUGCUCGCUAGCACUGCUAGCUCUCCGCUUGGGUGCCCAUCCCCAGCAAUGUGAUGUUCCUGUCCUACACUCUGUGGCACCAGCGUUAGUUCUGAAUUGAUAUUGGUGGGGUUUGGCUAGGCCAUUGUGGAAGGUUCUGCAGCACAGAAGGUUCAGGAUACAAGAGUGAGGUGCCAAACAGCACAGAUCACUACACAAUUAUUCAGCAUCUGGCUCUGUACUGUGAUCCCCAGAAUGGGCUGCAUCAAGUCAAAGGAUUCAAAUACGACUGGCAAAAGUCUGGGACCUCCGGAAAGCACCCAAACCCAUUAUGUGAAGGACCCAACAUCUACAGUAACUAUGACUAAACCUGAAAGAUCAUCUAAGCACCCCAGAGAGGAAGGGCAAGAAGAAGUGGUCCUGCUGGCUUUGUAUGACUAUGAUGGAGUCCACCCUGGGGAUCUGACUUUUAGGAAAGGGGACCAUCUCCUGCUAAAGAAAGAGUCAGGGGAGUGGUGGGAAGCAUGUCUAAUUUCCACUGGUGAAGAAGGCUUUGUUCCCAGUAACUAUGUAGCGUAUUUCAAUUCCCUGGAAUCUGAAGAGUGGUACUUUAAAGGCAUGAGCCGGAAGGAAGCUGAAAGGCAGCUGCUAUCUCCUGUUAAUAAAAGUGGGGCUUUCAUGAUCCGAGACAGUGAGACAAUGAAAGGUUGUUUCUCCCUCUCUGUGCGAGACUCAGGGGACACUGUGAAACAUUACAAAAUUCGCACACUCGAUGAUGGAGGUUUCUUCAUUUCUACACGGAUCCCUUUUCCCUCUUUGCCAGAGCUGGUACGCCAUUAUCAAGGUAAAGUGGAUGGCUUGUGUCAGUGCCUUACAAUACCAUGCCAAACUGUGCGUCCAGAGAAACCAUGGGAAAAGGAUGCCUGGGAGAUCCCGCGCGAGUCACUGUCACUGCAGAAGAAGCUUGGAGCUGGACAGUUUGGAGAUGUUUGGUUGGCCAUGUACAAUGGACACACAAAAGUAGCUGUAAAAACCAUGAAGCCAGGCAGCAUGUCCCCUGGUGCCUUCCUUGAAGAGGCAAAUCUGAUGAAGAGCUUGCAGCAUGACCGGCUGGUGCGGUUGCAUGCCGUUGUGACUCAGGGGGAACCAAUAUAUAUCAUUACUGAGUAUAUGCAAAAGGGCAGUUUGCUGGAUUUCCUGAAAAGUCAAGAAGGUAGCGACCAACCUCUGAUUCAACUCAUUGACUUCUCUGCCCAGAUUGCAGAAGGAAUGUGGUUUAUUGAGCAAAGGAAUUAUAUUCACCGUGAUCUGAGGGCAGCAAACUGCCUGGUAUCAGAAACUUUGUUGUGCAAAAUAGCAGACUUUGGGCUGGCCCGAGUGAUAGAGGACAGCGAGUAUACUGCCAGGGAAGGUACCAAAUUUCCCAUCAAGUGGACAUCCCUGGAGGCUGCCAAUUAUGGCUCUUUUACUAUCAAGUCAGAUGUAUGGUCAUUUGGUGUAUUGCUAACUGAAAUAAUAACAUAUGGGAGGACUCCAUAUCCAGGUAUGUCCAACUCGGAGGUAAUUACAGCCCUUGAGCGUGGUUAUCGCAUGCCGUGUCCCAGCACUUGUCCAAAAGAGCUCUACAGCAUCAUGCUCCAGUGUUGGCAGCAGGACCCUGAGCAACGGCCAACGUUUGAAUAUUUACAGAGCAUCCUAGAGGACUUCUUUACUGCCACUGAAACACAGUACCAGGCACAACCCUAAUAUGGACUAUAAACAAAUAGUUCCAGCACUCUCCAAAAAGUAUCGUUUCUGGGGCAAAGGACAUGACACCCCAAUAAGAUAAAGAUAAACCAUUUUUAUCCUAUCUCAGAAGCACUGAUGUUUUUCUCAAAUAAACCGUAGUUUCCCUGGUAGGGCUUUGUUCCAGUGCAAACUUUCUUCACCUCAAGUCGGUAGUCUCUAAGUCAGACCAAGACCUUGAAUCUGCGCAUUAAACAUCUUCCCAGCCCUACACAUAAGUGGACAUUUUGAUGACAUCAUCAGAACAAAUAUGGAGGCUGUAACGAACAAUGCUGAAACAAGUUUAAAACAGAUUAUAAAUAAAAAAAGGGCACUAGAAAUAUAGGGUUUUUAUAAAUAAAAACCCUAACCCUAAAUAACUCAGCAAUUGAGAAGGGGCAUAGAUGUAUACAAUUAAAAGCACUGUAGUUUCUGGGGGGUUUGCUUGACCUUUACAUCAGCUUCAUUAAAGUUUGUUGCAUUAAUGUAGGUACAUUACAAAUGAAUUCCUAAAACUCAAGGUUCUAUACAGCUUAACAGUGAAGAAAACAUAUAAACAGAAAACUGUUUUAAUAAACAUCAUUUCUAUUAGAUUUCAGCCAAUAAUUUAAUGGAGGCACUUUUAAACACAUUUAACUGGUACCUUAAAUGGGCGUUAAUGUUUAUAGUUUUUGAAUUAUUUGCCUUCUUUUGAGCUUUCAAAUGGGGGGUCACUGAUCCCAUCUACAAAACAAA